UUUGAAUGUAUUAUAUGUGACGUGUGUUGUGUUGUGUUGUAUUGUGAGGACCGCCUCAUCACAUGUUGUACUCAAUAAUAGAGCCAACACUUUGUGAGUCAACUAAUGAUUGCAUUAUUAAUGGCGAGACUAUUGACGACUAAAUAAUAAAAACAUUUCAUGUAUUGAUCACUGAUUUAGUUAAUAAUAAUUUAGUCAUAUUUAGUGAUAAUCUGUGUAGUAAUCGGUGGCAAUACAUACAUACAAAUGGAUACAACGGUUGAGUCAUUGAAUUGGCGAUCGACCCGAACGGCUGUCGUCAUACUGUUGGCCAUCUUUUUGUCGUCACUUCUUUGUCUUUCACUUGUUUACUACAAUUUCCCUAAUCUUGAACCUGCCGAACGAACACAUCUAAAACUACCGAAGAAUAUAGAAGACGCCAAAAGAUUGGGAACAGUAUUAUCUCAUUAUAAAGACAAGUAUUUUUUGGUCGUCUUAAGCGGUUUUCUCAUUACUUACGUCUUUCUUCAAUCGUUUGCAAUUCCCGGUUCAAUAUUCCUCAGUAUUCUCUCGGGUUUUCUCUUUUCCUUUCCAUUGGCUCUCUUCUGCGUUUGUUUGAGUUCAGCGGUGGGCGCCUCCCUAUGCUAUUUGUUGUCAUAUUUAGUGGGCAGACGUGUUGUACUAAAAUUUUGGCCAAACAAAGUCAAAGAAUGGGCGCAAACGGUUGAUAGUCAUAGAAAUAAUUUACUCAAUUAUAUAAUAUUCUUGAGGAUCACACCAUUUCUUCCCAAUUGGUUUAUUAACAUAACGUCACCCGUCAUAGAUGUGCCCCUCAAGACAUUUUUCAUCGGAACCUUUUUAGGUGUGGCGCCGCCCUCAUUCAUAGCAAUACAAGCGGGUACUACACUAAAUACAUUGACGUCCAACUCUGGCAUAUUAUCAAUGCACUCAGUUGUGGCCAUCUUCGCAAUGGCCGCCUUCUCAUUGAUCCCAGUCUUUUUGAAGAAUACAUUGCAACAAAAAAUAAAAGACGUUUAACAGUGAAUUAAUAGCAAAUUUAGUUUUAAUUUAAUUAAAUAAAGUGAACCGUUUUUCAUACCCAUACUGUAUGGGCUAUACAUCACUUUCUAUCAAAUCUAAUAUUGUUAUUGUUGUGAUG